UCCCCUCGGGCUCACAUGUGGCCUCGUAGAAGAAGAGCUUCCUCGCCUAGCCACCGCGCUCCCGGCUGGGUCUUCACCGCGGCUCCGCGCUUCCCCGGGGGCCGCCGCCAGCCGCGCCGCGCUGCGCUGCCUGCCGCGGGCGCCGGGCGCUGGCCGCCAGGGGGCGCCCGAGCGCGGCUCGCCCCGCGACGGCGGCGGCGGGGUGAGUGGGGCCGAGCCUCCCUCGCCAGCCCCCCGCCCCGCCGGCAGCGCUCGGCGGUAGCCAGAGCGCCGCGGCACCGCACGACCGCCGCACAGCUGCGCUCCGCUCCGCUCUGCCAGCAGGAGCCGGCCGCGGAGGCGGCGAGGAUGCUGCGCCUCAGCCGCGGGCGCGGGUCCGGCCGCGCCCGCCGCCGGCAGCGGCCGUGCCCGCUGCUCCUCCUCUCAGCGCUGCUCUGGGCGCCGGCGCUGGUGGCCUUCAACCUGGAUGAGGAGAAGCUGACGGUGUACAGCGGCCCCCCGGGCAGCUACUUCGGGUACUCGGUGGACUUCUACAUCCCCGACUCCAGCACAGUCAGUGUCCUGGUGGGAGCUCCCAAGGCCAACACCACGCAGCCAGACAUAGUGGAAGGAGGAGCGGUGUACUACUGCGCCUGGCCCGCCACCCAGUGCAGGCAGAUACCCUUUGAUAAUACCAGAACCAGAAACAAAUAUAAGGGAAUGCAGAUACAAGGGGGAAGGAGUAAUGCCCUGCUUAUGUAUAAAUGGAGAAGUUCAUUAGGAAUGACUGACAACAGGAAAAUUAAAGUCAAUGGCACCAGGGAACCUAUUGAGUUUAAGACAAAUCAGUGGUUUGGGGCGACAGUCAAAGCUCAUAAAGAAAAAGUUGUGGCUUGUGCUCCCUUAUAUCAUUGGAGAACCCUUAAAGAUAGCCCUGAGAAGGACCCUGUUGGCACCUGCUAUGUAGCAAUUCAGAACUUCAGUGCCUAUGCUGAAUAUUCACCUUGUCGCAACAGCAAUGCAGAUCCCGAAGGACAAGGCUUUUGUCAAGCAGGUUUCAGCUUAGAUUUUUACAAGAAUGGAGAUCUGAUAGUAGGCGGGCCUGGUAGUUUUUAUUGGCAAGGUCAGGUAAUCACUGCAAGUAUUGCGGAUAUCAUUGCAAAUUAUUCCUUCAAGGAUAUUCUGAGGAAACUGACACGAGAGAAGCAAACAGGAGUGGCACCACCCUCAUAUGAUGACAAUUACAUGGGAUACUCAGUGGCUGCUGGGGAAUUUACUGGAGAUUCUGAACAAGAGUUGGUUGCUGGAGUCCCAAGGGGAGCACAGAACUUUGGCUAUGUCUCAAUUAUUAAUUCUUCAGACUUGACCUUUAUCCAGAACUUCACUGGUGAACAGAUGGCGUCUUAUUUUGGGUACACUGUUGCAGUAUCUGAUGUUAACAAUGAUGGUUUAGAUGAUAUCUUAGUUGGUGCCCCUCUCUUCAUGGAACGAGAAUUUGAAAGCAAGCCUAAAGAAGUUGGGCAAGUUUAUCUCUACCUGCAAGAAAGUGCUUUCCUCUUCCGAGAUGCACAAAUUCUGACAGGUGCUGAAGUAUUUGGUAGAUUCGGCAGCGCAAUCACGCACCUUGGAGAUCUCAAUCAAGAUGGAUAUAAUGACAUUGCUAUAGGUGCACCAUUUGCAGGAGAAGACAGAAGAGGGAAAGUGCUCAUUUACAAUGGCAAUAGUAAUGGGUUAAAUACUAACCCUUCCCAGGUCCUCAAUGGAGCGUGGGCCUCACAGUCCAUGCCUUCGGGAUUUGGCUUCACUCUAAGAGGAGACUCAGAUGUAGACAAGAAUGAUUACCCAGAUUUAAUUGUAGGUGCAUUUGGAGCUGGAAAAGCAGUUGUUUACAGAGCCAGGCCUGUUGUGACAGUGAAUGCUCAGCUCAUUCUGAACCCCAUGAUUGUGAAUCCAGACAAUAAAACUUGUCAACUCCCUGACUCUCAGCUUUUGGUGGCUUGCUUUACUGUAAGAGUCUGCGCAGAUUUUGAAGGUCAAAGUAUUUCAGAUGAGAUAGUGCUGAAAGGUGAAUUGCAAUUAGAUUCAUUGAAACAGAAAGGAGCUGUUAAGAGGACCCUCUUCUUUGAUUACCAUCAGUCACAUCAUUACUUCUCCAUUGUGAUAGAAAGACAGAAACAGCUCCAUUGCCAGGACUUUCUUGUUUAUCUCAGAGAUGAGACAGAAUUUCGAGAUAAAUUAUCUCCCAUCAAUAUAAACUUGAAUUAUAGUUUGGAUGAAUCCAAUUUUGGAGAUAUCUUGACUGUGAAGCCGAUACUGAACUAUUACCAGAAAAGCUCCGUAACAGAACAGGCUUACAUUCUGGUUGACUGCGGGGAGGACAACUUGUGCAUUCCUGACUUGCAGCUUUCUGCUGUGCCAGAUAAAGAUCAGCUCAUAAUUGGAGAAGAAAACUGUGUCAUGCUCAUAAUAAAUCCAAGGAAUGAUGGGGAAGGAGCCUAUGAAGCUGAGCUACAUAUAAAGAUUCCACCUGAAGCAGAUUACACGGGGGUUGAACGCAACAACAAGGCACUGCGUGUAUUGAGCUGUGAUUACAAGAUGGAAAAUGAAACUAGAAUGGUGGUUUGUGAUCUUGGGAACCCCAUGGUGGCUGGUGCAAACUUUUCUACAGGCAUUCGAUUUUCUGUUCAGCAUUUUGAAAAUGCAGAUUUCAGCAUCAAUUUUGAGCUGCAAAUAAAAAGUUCUAACAAGAUUAAUCCCACCAGCAAUUUGGUCAACCUCCAUAUCAACAUCAGUGCUAUGGCUCAAGUACAGAUCAGAGGAGUGUCUCACCCCCCAACAAUUAUUUUGCCACUUCACAACUGGGAACCUAAAGAUGAACCUACAAAAGAAGAAGAACUUGGUCCUUUAGUAGAACACAUCUAUGAGCUGCACAAUAUAGGACCAAGUGCCAUCAACAAUACAGUUCUCCAUGUCGGUUGGCCUGUGUCCAGUCAAGAAGAAUUUCUUCUUUACAUUCUUCAUAUUCAGACACAUGGACCAUUGCACUGUCAAACGAGCUCUCCUAUUAAUACAAUGCAAAUAAAGUUUGUUAUUCCACAAGACACUCCUGAACUUGCUGCUUUUUUAUAUAAUUCCACAAUUUCUCAUUACAUCAGGAGAAGGGAUGUCACAGUGGCAGAACCUCACAGGAAAAACUCUGCAAAAAUACUGAACUGUACAAAUGUGAAGUGUAUCCUAAUUUCCUGCACUGUGGGACAACUGGAAAGAGGGAAGAGUGCAGCGCUGAAAAUCAGAUCCCGGCUGUGGGCCCAAACAUUCCUGGAGAGAAAGAAUUAUCUCUAUGCUCUUUCUUCCAAUGUGUCCUUCAAAGUUAAGAGCAUGCCAUAUAAAGUGCAACCAGCAAAGCUCCCCGAGGGAAGCAUAGCAAUCAGAACAUCUGUCAUUUGGUCCACUCCAAAUGUCUCCUUUGUAAUCCCUUUAUGGGUCAUAAUACUAGCAAUACUUCUCGGACUACUGGUACUAGCUAUGUUGACCCUAGCUUUAUGGAAGUGUGGCUUCUUUGACAGAGCUAGACCUCCUCAAGAUGACAUGGCUGACAGGGAACAACUGACAAAUAACAAGACUACUGAUGCAUAGAGGAAGAGAGUGACAGUUGAAAUCAGAAUCCUGCCUGAGACUAGAAACACAAUGAGGAUAAAAUGAAGGAUUCCUUCCACUGAUCUUCCUUUGUACCUGCAAGUGACGUGGUGUCGUAAUCUGAUCUAUGCAACGUUCUGAGAACACACCACAUGAUGGCCAUCCUUGCCAAAGAAAGCAGCUUUAUCACUGCCUUACAAACAUACUCACCACUGAACAGAAUGUUUAUCCCAUAUUCCAGUCACUCUAUGUUUCAGCAGAUGCUUUUGAACACGUGGUAUACUGAGAUGCUUCCGGAACAAGCCCAAAUCUCCCAAGGACAGAACGCCUGCAUUGCUGUAUUGUCUAGAAGACGGGCCAGGACAAAACUUCUGAACGUUACUGUAUCAUGCAGAAUACCUUUGACACCUCCCUAAGAAUAAGAACCUUUAUGAAAUUAUGGCUCAGGGAGACAAGCAAUAUAUCAGUACUGUGAAAGUACUUCUGAAAAACAAAGGUAGUCUAUGAAGAACUUUAUAGAUGGGGCACAGUUAUUUAUUUUUUCCACCUUUUUGGGAUAAGUAUCUGAUAUAACCAUCAGGUCAGCCUUUGAGAGAAGAAAGUAAAAAAAUAGAAAUCAUGUACUUACCUUGCAUGUAAAUAGAAAAUUAAGCCCAUUAUACACACAGGACACAUUUUACAAAAUGAGGUAUAUGAUAAACAAGUACAUGUUGUAUCUCUUUCAACCCAGAGCUGGCAGUAUCACACCCAGAUAACUAAAUCCAUGCACAGUGUAGAGCAGGGGAUGCAUUACCCUCCUAAUGCAUUUGCUGAUGGCUGACACCUGUACAGCUGACACAGGAUACAGUCAUUUGUGAAACACUGAUUUAAAUUAUCACAACCACAGUGGUGAUCUUGAGAAGGCUUGGGGGUUUUGGCUAGGAUAAAUUUACUUUGCCAUUGCCCUGGUAUUUUGUAGAAAUGGCCUCUUAAAAUGGAAUGGCUACUGUCAGUGUAUCUUCUGUUCAAUUUGUGUUGUAGACUUUGUUCACCUAAAAAAAUCUAUGCCUUUUUUUUUGUUGUUGUUUUACAUUCUACAAGCUGGCAGCAUAUUUGAAGUGUUGAUUUCAGCAAAGUUUAGGGCUGAAUGUAAUUAUUUCUUAAGCAAAGUCUUGCAGGGAAGGUGGGCAGGAUUUGUAUUUAUGCAGAAAAAAAAUAACAAAAAGAAGGAAGAUAUUUUGAGGUAAAUAGUAAAAAUAUACAUUUAGGAUUUUUUUUCUGGAUUGAGGAUUCUGAAGAAGAGAAGCUUCAUUCUUUCUCUUCUGUCAGCAAAUGGUCCUUAUCUCAGCAGGGGCUCUAAGCUCUGAUCUGUGCAAAUUUGUGCCUGAAAGCUUGAGUGUUGCCCAUGAGUGUGAAAUUAGCUAUAUUGUGUAAACUUCAGGAGGUAUUGUUCAUUUUCUGAAACAUGCACCACACUUUCUUUCUCCUCAGCUCCUUUUCUUUCUAAUCCAUCUCAGCUUCUUAAUCAGCAAAUGGCCUCAUCCAUUCUGCCACUGCCUGGCUCCUUUUAGACAACUAAAAGUCCUAAGACUUCGGGACAGGACUAGCCCUGAGAUACUGUCCCUUCUGUCAGUCUGACAGCACAUUUUACAGUUUUACCAUUUCUUGCAUGCAGGUUGACCUGUGAAAUCCAAGUGGGAGCAGGGAGCUUGAGCAGGUGUGUUCCAUCGUCAUAUUUUAGGCAAAUUUGCAAGAAGACCUUUAUGGAGUCUUUAGCUUAUCAGGUGCUGUGUGCCCAUGAGACUUAAUGAGAGGACGAGACACAGGAGAGGCCUGAUCACUUCCCGGUUUCUUUUUCCCAGAAGACCGUUAACAGCACCCUUCCCCCAAAUGGAUUUGAGCUGACCCCUUGUAGAUUAGAGAGAUCAGCUGAUAAAUACCACCACAGAGCAAGCCCACACCACAUUUGCACACCUCUGUAUCCCAUACGUUCCAGGCAAAAUCAUCCUCCUGUGAAAAAGACAGCAAGCUUCUAGCUUUUGUAAAUAUUGAAUUGUUGCGUGUAGCAGCUUCUGAAAUAAGAUCAGCUAGCUCAUUACAGUCACAUCAUCUGCACAGCCCUUACUCAUGAAAUAGCACCAUAAGCAGAUACUGAACAUAGGACUUUUGUAUGUGCAAUAUUUUAUGUUACUUAUAUACCUGAAGCAUGUUUACACUGGCAUUUGUGGUUGUUUUUUAAAUUUUUGAAUAUACUGAUUAAUUAUUACAAUAAAGAAAAAAAAGAAUAGGAACAAGAAAGAAAAAAACAAACACAGUUCUGUUCAGUAUUUGUUGCAAUGUGUUUUCAAUCCUGCAUUGCUCUGAGGAUGGGACUAAGUGACCUAAUAAGUUCUUUGCAGUUAUAACAUCUAUGGUUCAAUUUUGAGCAAUUUCUCUCCAUUUUAAUGAUGGGCAAAACAUGUUCAGAUACUAAAUUUAAACCAAAAAGAACCUCAGUGACUGCUGGGCCUGGCUGGAAUCCAUUGGCUGCAGCUGUGUAAUGUCACUGGAAACCAAAUUAGAGGCACAUGAUCUGACAAACAGUUACUUUGAGCAAAACUUUGUUUUAUAUUUCUACAUCCUUGUAGAUUAAACUUCCCCCAUGGAAAUGUCUGGAGCCGUCUGCUGUCAAGGACUGUAGUCUCGGGUCCGAGCGUUUGUGAAUAGCUUUGGCUGCAAAUUGCAAACAGUUUUUCAAAGGAGAUUCUGGGGUUUAGUGCUCGCCAAGAGUGUUUGUCCCCUGGGAUGAUUGCAUCCGGGAUGUGGACACUAGCAGGCAGUUGGCAUAAUCUUUCCCCCAAGUAUAUUAGUAAUGUGCUGCACGAUAACCUCUGCCACAUCCCUACAUGACUGAAGUUUUGUUUCAGUGAUGUCAGCCUUGUAAUGAGUUACUAAAUGCAGCUUUCUGUAAAAGUAAUUUAGCCUUACACUUCCAAAUCUAUGUGGUGAGCUGCUAAUUGCUGAGAAUACAGGAGUAGUUAGGAGAACAGAAAAACCAGGAGGUUACUUUAUAAAUUAAAACCUUUUAAGACUGUUUAUUGCUAUGACCACCACAGCGGUCUAGUAAAACAGAGAGACAUUCAUCUUUUAUUUCACAUGCUUCUUGACGAGUUUGAGAAAGGCGGUCCAGUUAUUUCAUCCAUACAGCAGAAUUUUUAAGAAUAUAAAGUGUCAAGUUACAUUUUCUGUUUUAUGAAAAUUUCAGAAUUUACAUAACAGGGAUGAGUACCUUUGAAUAUGUUCUUAUGGAUUUAAUCUUGAAAAGUAUUUAGCAAAUACAAUUUUCAUUUAACCACCAGCUUCUUAACAAGAAUUUUCUCUUGUCACCAUUCUGUAACUCAUUUACAAUUUUUUCUGUCUUUUCCAACUUUCUUGCCCUGACAGCUUUUACAGAUCUUCCACAUUAGACAUCUCUUAAAAAUGGCACUGAUUUUCUCUACCUUUUAGCUGUGACUUUUUCAUCCAUUAGCAAGAAGGAUCUUCUAGUAGGCAUGGCAUACGUUAACUAAAAAGCCUUUUGGGAACCAACAAAACACCUAGAGAAAUGCAGGGGAGAGAAAGUCCCAACUGGCCAAGGCCUACGGUAUUCCACUACAUCGUAGUAUUUUUUUUUAAAUUAAAUACCAUCCGACACACUGCCUUCAGGAAUUGUUUAUGAGUGUUUUAUUUAUGACUGUUGGCAAAGAUCCAUUUUAAAAUGUAGUGUAAUGGUAGUGCGUCUUGACAAUAAAAAGUCUUGAAUUUAGCUUAUGCAGGCGCCAUGAUGUGACACAGCAGGAAUGCUUUUAAUAUUGAAGGACUGUUCUUGUUUUGCCUGUAUGUUGUAUUUGAGAGGCACUUAACUAUUCAAGAUGCUACCCUACCGUACACAGUGAUUUUUAGAAAAGAAGAAUGGAAGUAAUUGUUCAACUCA